AUGGCUAACAGUAGUACUUUUCUUAGUCUUCUUGUUCGUCUCUUUCUUCUGGUGAUGUUGUUAGGCUCAUCAUCCUAUUUGGAGCUCAACGUCGUUAAACUCACCUCUGCCAAGUGCAUUGAGAAGGAGAUGGAAGCACUUCUCGACUUCAAAAAUGAUCUCAAAGAUCCUUCGGGUAGACUUCUUGGGUGGGUGACGAUUGUUACCAUUGGAGUGGCGUCCGUUGCAACAACAUAUCAGGGCCCCAGAUUCUUGGUCUGGCUUCAAGUUCAAAGUGAACUCGCUUCUGUAACCCUUACAAAUGUUGGAAUUGCAGACACCAUACCUGAAGAAUGGCUUUCGAGGAUAUCUUCUCAACUUGUCAAUUUGGAUCUAUCUAACAACCAAGUAGAAGGGAAGCUCCCUUACCAUUUAGAAUUUCCAAAACUACUUGCUGUCGACUUGAGUAAUAACAGUUUUCAUGGUCCCCUCCCAUUGUGGUCCACUAAUGCAUCUGUAUUUUCUCUUAGCAACAACUCAUUUUCGGGACCAAUUCCAUCAAAUAUUGGUGAACUGUUGCCUCAAUUGCAAAUGUUGUAUAUGUUUGAGAAUCGUCUCAGUGGUACAAUUCCAUCAUCAAUAUGCACAAUGGAAAAUUUAAAUGCACUUGUCCUUUGGAGCAAUCAAUUAUCUGGAGAUCUCCCUCAGUGUUGGAACAAAUUGCAAAAUUUUAAGUUUUUGGAUGUAAGAAACAAUAGCCUUUCAGGUAAUAUUCCGAGCUCAAUUGGUUCCCUAAGUUCUCUUGAUACAUUAUUGUUGAGUAGCAAUGAUUUAGACGGGGAAAUUCCUCCAUCUUUGCAAAACUGGUCAAGUCUUUCAGGAGUCAUUCCCAACUGUUUGGGAAAUUUAUCAGCUUUAGUUUACGGUAAUAGCAGUACAUUUGUGUAUGAGAUGGAGGAAAACAGUUCAUUGCCGAUGCUAAGAGAGAUCAAAUAUUAUGGCAUAACUCUAAGCUAUGUCAACAGCAUUGAUCUUUCAAUGAAUGGCCUAAUUGGUGAAAUCCCUACAGAAAUAACACACCUCGUUACACUAGGCACCUUAUAUUUGUCAAAGAAUAACCUGUCCGGCUGCAUCCCCAUGAACAUUGGAAAUUUGCAGUGGUUGGAAACUUUCAAUGUUUCAAACAACCACCUUUCAGGACCAAUUCCUCAAGGGAAAAUUCCAUCUGGAAAUCAGCUCCAAGCCCUGGAUGAUUCAUCCAUUUAUGAAGGUAACCCUUUACUUUGUGGACUCCCUCUUCCGACCAAGUGCCCAGGUCUGGAUGUCAAUGACGAUGAAAAUCAUCAUGACAUGGAAUGGUUCUUUGUCAUCUUGGAAUCUGGAUUUGUAGUAGCAUUGGGUUGUCUUUGUUACUUCAUUAAUAAGCAAGUCGUGGAGGCGUGCCCACCUUCAGUUCUCGGAGAACAUGAUAGAAAGGAUGGAUCUUUUGAUUGCGUUGAGAGUGGCUCAUUUAUAAGAAGAUGA